AUGAGCGCCCCAACAAUUGAGACUGUUAAGCAGAGCAAUCCAGACUGGCAAAACUUUGUACUCUUUACAGAAGAUGGAACAAACCUCCUUUCUACAACAGAAGUUAAACCAGAAGAAAUAACAACAUGGCUUGGUUUAUUCAAGGAUUUUGAUGAAACAAUCAAAGCCGGCUUAACAUACGACGGUGUCCAUUAUCAUGUUCAUCGUUUUUAUGAUGGACUCUUAUAUGGUCGCGCCGAUCCAAAUAUAAAGAAGACAAAUGGUUUCUGCCUCAUCAAAUCACAACGCUCAGCUGAAAAGAAGCCAAUUGUCCUUCUCUUUACAUUCGAUCUCCCAGCAACAACAGCUAGAUUGGUUCCAGCUGCCAACAAGUACUUAGAGUCUGUCAAGGAGCAAUUCCAGUAA